AUGCGAGACCCAGAUAUGACGAAGCGCAUAUUUUCGUCAGAACAAAAAACAUUUGCGUUCCCACCCACAGAUCUGGUCUCUGUCAGCGUCAGGUUCACCAGGAUCCUUUUCGCUCAGUUGAGAGGACUGAGGUUCACUCCGCCAGAGGCUUGGUCAAAGGAAUUUGCGGCACAUGUCAGAUCGGUUAUUGAAAAGGAAGACGCUGCAGUCGGCAGUAUGCCAUCGACCGAUGGCCGGAAAGUUCGAAUAAUGGCAAACCUGGGACUGAAAAUCACUUGCGGGGCUGAGCUUAUGGCCUUGACAGCUGAAACAAACAACAGUCGCGUUGUGCGGGAGGUUGGACUUGUUCUGGAAGACCUUGCAGAGGACGGUGACGAUGCCGGUCAUUUGCCGACAGAUGAGGAUAUACGGUCGUGGAAGUAUUUUGAUCGCGACGAUGACGAGUCAUGGCUGAACAUCAACUUCACAGAGUUCGAGCGCGAGCUGGAUAAUGUGCCAAGGAACAAAAAUGACGAAUCAACUUCGACUGCUGAAUCUAAUACAGCUGGCAAUGUUCGGGCUUCAGAUAGUCCUGGUUUUGGAGAUGCUCACGUGCAAGCUGAUCUUCAAAAGAUGGUAUCGCGCUUCCAGGCCUUUCUGGAUGACGAUGCAGCCGGCCUCGAUGGCAUAGACAUGGACAGAAUGGACGAAGAUGAUGAUACCGACGAGGAGGACAGCGAGGCCGACAGUAGCGAUGUGAGCUUCGAUGAAGACACAUUCUCACGUCUCAUGCGAGAAAUGAUGGGGCUCCCCCCUGAUACCGCGUCCGAGGCCACAUCUUCACAAGCUCCGGUACAGAAUUUAGCAGACACUCUCACAGAACGUCUGUCCACAGCAUCAACCACUUCUAAGACGAUACAAGGGGAUGCUGGCAGCCAUGGCGUAGUCUCAAAAAGUCCCGGUACCCCUGUGGAUGAUACAGACGACGAAGAUGGCAUUUCAAAUCUUGCAGCACAGUUCGAAGCCGAACUAAAAGUGCACGGUGCUCUAAGACUCAAUCCACCUUCAAAAGGACAUCAAGCGACGGUCACAGAAGGGCCCAGUACUGGCAGUGAUACAGCUAACAAGCCCGAGAGUGAUGAAGAGGGAGAAGUGGACGUGGACUACAACUUGGUCAGAAAUCUGUUGGAAAGCUUCAAAAGCCAGGCAGGUAUGGCAGGUCCUGCUGGCAACAUUUUGGGCAUGAUGGGGUUGACUCUCCCUCGCGACGACGACGAGGCUGAGGUUGGGAGCAGGGGUGAGGAUGGGGUAAGUGGGAGCAAAGGCAGUGGUUAG